AUGGAUAAUGUACGCUUAAUUAAGCCUCUAUCGCUUCCACAAAGGCUCAUUAAUUGCCUCUUCCACCCCCUUUUGCUAAUAUUCUUCACUUCUGUAAUUUUAACUAUUUGGGGCACCUUUUCGGUCAUUGACGCCACAAUGAUAAAAACCUCCUACAUGAAGAUUAAAAAGAACGAUACCGAAAUUGCGACUGUCGUAUCUAUUUCUACGACCACGGCAACAAGCACAACAACAUUGGUCACAACACACCAACCCACAUCUUCUGCAAGCAUAUAUUCCUUGAACAGAUCAUUUAUUGACGACACACUUGAUCAGUAUUUUGAAGGUAAAGUAAAAGAUGUUGCAUCUCAAAUCGACACGGAUAUGCAGGAAAAAUUUCAAUUGUAUACGGAUAAUUUAUUGAAUAACAAACAACAGCUUAUCACCAACCAAAUCAGUUUGGAAACUGAAUCAAUGAAGAAUGUUCUCGGACUGAACAACACUAUCUACAACGAGCUACUCACUAAAUCGCAAUUAAUAAAUGAGACAUGGAACAGAAUAUCAGAAGAUGCCAUGACGAUCGAUGAAGAGUCGAUUUCACAAAUGGCAUCAAGCUUAUUUCUAAACUAUUCCAUGUUCGAUGAUAUUUUCCAGAACUACACCACGAGAUUGAACUUCUUACAGGUAUUCAAUGACACUAUCACCGACUUUUCUCUCCAACUGGGUACCAAUACUACCUUUAAUCUCAACUUCUUACAAACUUCCACCAGCUGGGAUCAAUUCAAAAAAAAUUUCACCAAAACCUUACAGAAUGAAAUUUCCACUCUAUCGGGAAGCACUACAAACGUUAAGCCACCAACUACAUUGACCAAACGGUCUUUUGAAACUAGUGAAGAGGAAAAAAAUGCGUUCAAUGCAGUAAAAAGUCGUAUUCUCCGUAUGUGUCGGAAAAUGACAAUAAUAUUCACGGCAAUCUAUGUUGCCUUUGUGGUUUUGCUAAUGAUAAUAGAAAGAAUCAUAUUUCAGCUGGAAAACCAGCAGAUAAAUCUGGUAAUGUCACAAAUUAAUAAUUUUACAGGAUGUACUAGUUUCACUCAAUACAAUACGAUUGUAAGAGGCUUGAUAGCUACUUUAAACCUCUGCGUACUCUAUCCAUUUCCCUACCACUUUACAAAGCUUAUAAACCAAAAGAUACUGAAAAGGGGACCGGAACAAAUUGAUGGCAAAAAGGCAAAACGAUCCAAACUGUUUUACUGUAGUUGGUGGGUAUUUUCAAAUGGAGUUCACUUGUGGCUUUUCGGUUUAUUGAUGUUGUUGGUUCAUUGGCAAAUCGUUUCACGAUUAACGAGCUUUGAAGUACCAUACUCGCCUAAGUUAGAUAAAAGAGCUGAUUCUUUACUCUAUAAGAGGGAAGCGUGGACAGAAACAAAUACGACCACCGCAGUGGAAGGUCUUAUUAAUGAUAGCAUAAGCCUAUUGUGCGAAAAUUUCCAACUGGAAGUAAAUGAAAGGUUAGUUUCAGACAGUCUGAGCUUUUCAGCUGACCACAGUUUCAAAAACCAAUCAAUGAAUAUUCUGAGCCUUUGGGUCAACGACACAAACACCCAAUUUGAGAAGUAUCUUAAUGAAAGUUCUCAAGAUUGGAACGGAAUAGACCUUUCAAUUGGACCUCUAGUAAGUACUAAUUCCCUCACUGAGUUCAUGGAUCAAUAUUCGAUGCCUACAAACAAACUUACCAAAACUAACGCAUCAUUUGCACUGGACAUUCAGAAAUAUGGAAUAAUCAUUCAAGGAACUAAUGUGGGCAACAACUCGGUAGGCGCCCCUUCAUCGCUAGCUAAGCGGCAUGAAGUAGAGCACGAGCAAAUAAUGGUGUCCUCGCUGCACACUGUUUACAAGUGGGGCCUCUUAAUAAUUUGUUUGACUAUACUGCUGCACCACACGCUUACAUUUAUAAUAUUAAAGCUGUAA